UAAAACAGUAUGAUGCCUUCGAAAGAAAAUACAUUCAACAAAGAAUUGCUAAGGCAAUUUAUAAACGUAAAUUUCAAUAGUUAAGUAAUUUUGCUUUUGUUUUAAAAAGUCUUGAAGCUUUAAUUAUAAUGCCACUCACAUAUGUUUUCCAACCCGAUCUACUUUAAAACUUUCCCAUACCUCGCUAAUCACCAGCCAGAUUAGUCGGAUCUUAUCGCUGGUUGCUUUGAAUAUUAUUUGAGCUGUUGAAAUUGCAUUGGCGGAUUGAAAUGUUCUACAUUUUGGUUAGUCUGCAGCUGAUAGCGCUACCAACAUGAGUGGUGAUUCCUCCAAAUCCAUUCGCCCAUUGCCACCGGCUCUACAAAAAGUGGCCAUCGAGGAGCUGAACGAAGUGCCCAGUCGAGUGGAAUCGGAUGUAGCAACGCUGAAGGAAUGGCUCCAGAAGCAACCUCACAUUUGUGCCUGUCUCGAGGAUCAGUUUCUGCUCAGUUUUCUGAGGGGAUCGAAGUUCAGUUUGGAGAAAGCCAAGCAGAAGAUUGAUCGGUUUUACAGCCUGCAAGCGGUGAUUCCUGAAGUUUUUAACGAACAUCGGUUGGCUGACGAUCCGCAGGUGCUGGAGAUCAUUCGAAUGGGUGUUAUCUUACGCAUUCCCCUCGAUAAGGAGGAUACUGGCCCAGCUGUGACAAUCAUUCGAGCUGGCUCUUACGACCUCAGCAAAUUCAAGUUUCAGGACAUCAUUCGCGUGGGUUCCAUGUUCGGUGAGAUCAUGAUGCUGGAGGACGACAAUGCUUCGGUUAGUGGAUACCUGGAAAUCAUGGACAUGAGUGGGGUGACGGGGGCGAAUCUGUUUGCCCUGCAACCUCAACUUCUAAGCAAAUUCUCUGCCUAUGCGGAUGAGGCAAUGCCAACGCGCCAGAAGGGAAUACAUUUCAUCAAUGUGCCAAAGGCUUUUGAGGUGGGCUUCAAAUCGCUGCUGGGAUGGUUUCCCGGAAAAAUUAAAGAGAGGGUCUCUGUAAGUUCCGAUCCUGAGGCGAUUUUCGAGCGAGUUCCCAAGCAAUAUCUGCCAGUGGAGUACGGCGGCACCAAGGGAACCAUGAAGGAUAUUACAACUGCGAUGGAGGCGAAGCUCUCAAGCUAUCGAGAUUACUUUGAGGACUGCCAGCACUUCGGAACCAACGACAAGUUGCGCGAGGAACCCACAAAUCUAAACCCCGAAGAGAGCCACUUUGGUCUGGAUGGCUCUUUUCGCCAGUUGGUUAUCGACUGAAUCG